AUGUGUAUACACUGGUGUACACCAGAGAGUGUAAACCCACAUCCAUGGCCCAUGGCCUACGGGUCUUCCGUUUUCGUCCUGAUGGCCCACAGCCCGUUGAAGAGCUGUUCAAUACCCUACAUACACAGUAGUGCACUGAGAAUUUGCCGAGAAUCUUCAAAGCUUCUUCUAGCUGGACCUCACAACCAUACUGGCUCAACACACGGUGCUAGCAUUUCACUCGAUUAUUUCCAGCUGAAGCCAAGGCCUGGCCUUCAAGGCAAAGUCUACCAAGUUGAAACGUCAGGAUUGACCAGCAGAAUCCUGUGGAACUUCAAUAUAUCGGUACGACCAAACGACCGGAGCAUCUUUGUGGCCAUUUCCAUCGACUUGGUGGCUCAAACGUCGCGGAAGCUAGGAGAUCAGGAUCGCCAUUCAUUCGUUCACAUGAAAACUUCUCCUUGUGGGAAACGCACGCGACAUGACUCCGCCAAUUGCUUGUACUGUAAAAGAGGGGAGUCGAAGUGGCCCGCUCCUGCAGUGGGUUUGACGCCUCCGACACUAGCUGAGCUUCGCGACUGUCUGACCAGCUCCUUGCUCCGCAUCUAUUUUGCAGCCAAUACAUUGCCACAUGUCCCGGUCCUGCUUUGCUUCCAUUUAUUCUGUACACACACUCAUAACAGCACGUCCAUACCGGGCGGCAAUUCUUCGACCUUGUUCGAGAAUUUUCCAUUCAAAACACUGCGCGCGCGCGAAAGAAGGCACAUCGCUCGGCAGCUGCACCAACAACAGCAUCCUCGAGACUCUGGGCUGUGGGGAAUCGAUCACGCCAGCCAUGUGUUUCAAGAACAAUCUCAAAUGGGAGCGCUGAAGCUCGGAGGCGCAACCCACCUGCGUUGCAACGAUGAUUCCUUCAUCAAGCGGAUUCUCAUCCUCACCGACGCACAUGCCCACGUACGGCUAAGCAUGAUCAGGGGAUAUCGACUGAGCGAGCAUUCAUCACAUUUGCAUUUCAAUGCCGUUUCUUAUCGAUCGUCCGUUAGAGCCACGGACGAAGGAACGAGGGGUUCGCCACGACCAGGUGGCGUUGGCCUGGAACAGAUUGGAGAGCGUAUAUUGCUGCAGUACAGACUAUCGGCUGGCGAGACGGGAACUUCUCCUGAAGGACGUAAUGAUCGAGAUCUCAUGGCCAAAACGUGCCUUGCCAAAUGCUCUCAGCGAGAAUUUCCGGGCCGACCAAUACAUGCAGUAAGGAGCAUGAAGAAAUGCGCAUCAAUCGAGUAGAACGUGUCGAUCGUCAAAGGAUCCUGC